GCGAUACUUGGCGGUCGCUGCCUGAUAGGAAUAAUGGCCGCCUUCUUAGCAAUGGCUGGAACGGGGAACAACACAAGAGGCAUAUCGGUGCGUUAUAGCUGACCAGGAAGAGCCUAAAUUCCUGGUCACCCCCUCCUACCCGGUUUUCAGAACGAAUGGGUAGAGGGGGUCUUGCGAAAGGACACGAUACGCGAAAGACACUCGGAGGAAAAGCGAGGAAAGCUAACGUUACCUUGAUAGCUAACGCUAGCUGGCUAUCAACACGGUUGUCACUGCCGGGGGAACAAACCCGAGUAGCCCUGACAACUGCGUGUCGGAGGGGUCAGAGGAAGCGGCCAGCAAACGCCGGAGCGUGUGAUCAAAUAACCCGCGAGUCGCCACAAUGAGUGGACCGGUACAGGACAGUGAGCCAGAGGCGAAAGUCCUUCUCAUCAAGCGGCUUUACAGGGCCGUGGUGGAGUCUGUGCACAAGCUCGAUGUCAUCAUCGGCAGCAAAGCAUCCUACAGAGAGGUCUUCAAGCCGGAGAACAUCAGCCUUCGCAACAAACUGAGGGAGCUUUGUGUGAAGCUGAUGUUCCUCCACCCAGUAGACUACGGCCGUAAGGCCGAGGAGCUGCUCUGGAGGAAGGUUUACUAUGAGGUCAUCCAGGUUAUCAAGACCAACAAGAAGCACAUCCACAGUCGCAGCGCUCUGGAGUGCGCCUACCGCACACACCUGAUUGCCGGCGUGGGUUUCUACCAGCACCUGCUGCUGUACAUCCAGUCACAUUACCAGCUGGAGCUGCAGGACUGCAUCGACUGGACCCACGUCACAGACCCGCUGAUAGGCCGAAAGAAACCAGUGUCGGCCACCCCCAAGGAGAUGGAGUGGGCACAGAUGGCCUGUCAUCGCUGUCUGGUCUACCUUGGAGAUCUAGCCCGUUAUCAGAAUGAACUUGCUGGAGUGGAGGCCGAGCAGCUGGCAGAAAGGUUCUAUCACCAGGCGCUGUCUGUCAUGCCACAUGUUGGAAUGCCGUUUAACCAACUGGGCACACUCGCAGGGAGCAAGUCCUACAAUGUUGAAGCAACCUACUACUACCUUCGCUGCAUCCAAUCAGAAGCCCCCUUUGAGGGCGCCUACGGCAACCUGAAGCGCCUGUUUGACAAAGCUGCCAAGAUGUACCAGCAGGUGAAGAAGCAGGAAAUGAAGAAGCUUUCUCCCUCUCGACAGAGAUUAAAAGACAUUAAGCACCUCCUGGUGAGCUUCAUGUACCUUCAGAGCCUGCUGCAGCCCAAGAACAGUCUGAUGGAGACGGAGCUGACGUCCCUUUGCCAGUCGGUGCUGGAGGACUUCAACCUGGUGAUGUUCUACCUGCCGCCGCCAACGCACGGCGCCGCUCACCAGUGCCCCAGCGAGGAAGAGGACGAGCAGCAGCCGCAGCACGCCGACAGCUCGUGCCCCGUGCUGCCGGACACGCUGGUCUUCAAGAUGGUGGUCACCUGCCUGAUGGUGGUGCACAGCCUGAAGAGGGGAGGAUCAAAGCAGUACAGUGCGUCCAUAGCGUUCACCCUGGCGCUGUUCUCCCAUCUGGUGAACCAUGUCAACAUCCGACUGCAGGCUGAGCUGGAGGAAGCGGAGAGCCAGGUGCCUCGGCUUCACACUGACGUCACAGAUGACCCCGAGGUGAGGGACGCGUCGGCUGCACCGGCGGAUCGCUCCGCCGAGAAGCCUCUGCAGAACGGCUCUCUGGAGCGAGAGGACGAGGAGGAGCGGAAGGACGACGCCAAGAAGCAAUGCAGUGCGGAGGAACGGCGCCGGUUGGAAGAGGAGAAGCAGAGGCAGAAGAAGAAGUACACCCGCCUCUCCCGCCUGCGCCGGCGCCGCUGCGCCCGCAAGGACACCGGAGGGGAGGACGAGAGCGACCUGAGCGAAGGCUUCGAGAGCGAAGAGGAGGAGGACGUCGACGAGAGGAGGGACCACACCGAGUCGACGGGGGCCGCCGACGGGACCCCGGUCAAUCCGCCGGCUGUCAGGAAGGAGACUAAGCGAGACCCCCUGGGAGAGGAGGGCAGCUGGGGGACCGGCUCAGAGGAAGAGGAGGAGGAGGAGGAGGAGGAAGAGGAGGAAGGAGGAACCGCGUUUGACGUGGAGACCGACUCGGACAUGAACAGCCAGGAGUCCCGCUCGGACCUGGAGGACAUCGAAGACGCGGAGAGCUCCGACAACUUGGAGGGUCAGGCGCGGGAGCACCGGGACGACGAGGACCAACCGAAGGGGGAAGUGGGCGAGAGGGACGGCUGCUCGCCGCUGACCACCAACGGGCCGCUCACGCCCAGCGACUCCAGCAUCAGCAGCAACCUGCAGGCCAUGUCCUCGCAGCUCUUCCAGGCCAAGCGCUGCUUCCGCCUGGCGCCCACCUUCAGCAACAUGUUGCUGAGGCCUCAGGCCUCGUCGUCGUCGGGUGUCGCCGCCCCCGCCGAGGCCUCUGCUCCCCCGUCCCAAGAGACGCCCCCUCCUGCUGAGGAUUCGCCCCGCGAUGCCAACCCCGGUGCUGCCAACGGAACCAACGAAAACGACUUGGACUCUGAUUCGGAAGGCAGCCAGCACAGUGCUCAGUCGGUACACAGCGAGAAAACCCUCUUGGAGAAGCUGGAGAUCCUGACCAAUCAGGGCUUGAUCCAGGUGGUGAAAGUCUUUGUCGAUUGGCUGAGGACAAACACAGACAUCAUCCUCAUGUGUGCGCAGAGUUCUCAAAGCCUGUGGAACCGACUGUCGGUGUUGCUCAACCUGCUUCCAGAUGGCGGCAAGAUGCUCGAGGCUGAGCUCGGCCUGAACGCGGAGGUGACGGAGCUGUUGAACGAGUGCGAGCAGCCCGGUCUGGUCCAGAGCCUGCUGCUGCCUGAAGACGUGGCUCUGCGACACCUGCCCGCUCUCAACGUAGCUCACCGCCGCCUCGAUUUCACUCACCGCAACUCCUCCCUCAGCUCGCUACAGGAGUGUGUCGUGCGAGUGUGUUGCAUUCGCAGUUUUGGCCACUUCCUGACGAAUCUCCAGGGCAACGUGCUGCACUUCAACCCGGAGGCGGGCAUCUUCACCAGCAUCAACCAAUCCGAACAGGAUAAUCUGGUGCAGCAGGCCAAGGCCCAGUUCCGGAUGGCUGAAGAGGAGGCUCGUCGGAAUCGCCUAAUGAAGGACAUGGCGCAGCUUCGACUGCAGUUGGAGGUGUCGCAGCUAGAGGGCAGCCUUCAGCAGCCCAAGGCCCAGUCCUCCAUGUCUCCCUACCUGGUGCCAGACACAGCCGCUCUGUGCCAGCAUCUCCACCUCAUCCGGCAGCUGGCCGCCAGCGGCUGCUUCAUCAUCAUCAUCCCACGGACCGUGAUCGAUGGACUUGACAGGUUGAAGAAGGAAAAUGCCGGCGCGAGGGACGGCAUCCGCUUCCUGGAGUCUGAGUUUCGCAAAGGCAACAGGUACAUUCGCUGCCAGAAGGAGUCUGGUCGAGGUUUUGAAAGAGAUAAGCUGAAACGUCAGGACAUGGAAGCCUGGCAUUUAUACAAGAUGGUGGACAGCUGUCGUCAGCUUACGGUCUCCCAGAGCAACGGGGACGAAGACACAGCCGGCAUGGUGACCAUUCUCACCGACCACCAGGUGGAGGAGCUUUGCACUCGGUCAGCAGCGAUGAAGGCGGCGGUCCAGGCGGCGGGCUCGGCGGGCAUGGAGCUGAAGAACAUCGUGGACUUCUACCGGCAGUGGAAGGAGAUCGGCUGAGAGGUCAAACGGGGGGCAGCUGUCGAGCGCUGCGAACAGCUGAUCGAUAACAAACACUCGCUCCCUCUCUCUUUCUCUCUCUCUCUCUCUCUCUCUCCCACUCUUUUGCUCUGUGUAUCUGCGUCUUCAAAGGCUGAAAGCCAACUCAAAAGGAGGCUGAUUCGAUGGAAAGAGAGUGAAAAGCUUAGAGGAGCAGGGAAUUUAAAAACAGUGGGGUAAAAUAAAAUCCAGAAAAAAAUCGAGAGAAAUGCGAGCGAAACGGCGCUACAAGACAGAGCAGAUGUCCCACCUCCCAAUCCUAAACAUAAAGAGAGACCCCGUGGGGUCCGAGCGCGGAAACGGUGGGGGAACAGCACGCGACUUUUAAGUGCCCCUGGUUCACACCCUAACCAGGAAUACACUGUAUAUGUUAGCAAACGAGUACAUACGUGUGGAGAGAGAAGAACCGCACACGCAUUACACACAUUCACGCUCAGAUGAAUCCAUGUAGAUGUUUAGAGCAGUGGUUGGGAUCCCCCCGUCCCCUCCUUCCCUUCCUCUUCAGUAUGUGUUUCAGAAAAGAGGGUAGAGGACGCGCGAGUCUGGUAGGGCCGCGUUUCUUUUCUUUUUUUCUUUUUGGGGGAAAGUCGAGGGUGUAUGAAGACAACUUUUUAGGAUGGAGAAAACGCGCUCCGUCCAGCUGACGCCUGAGGCUUCCAGCCCCACAAACCGCUCAGGGGCCUCUAGGAAGAGUCCGGGGAGACUUUAAUGUACGCUUCCCCGGGAGACAGUUCUUUUGUUUUUUUGUUGUUGUUUUUUUGUUCCUUAUUUGCGGUGUACUUUUGUGACCAGUGACUUGUAUUGUGCUAUUUUGUAUGAGAAGAGGAAGAAAAAAAAGAAACGGGUGUUGUCCUGUUCAAAGUUUUAAUUUGGAUUUUAUUUUUGUACCCAAAUGAUGUUGUUUAUUUUGCCUUUUUUUCGCAAGCUGAAUUUGAAUGCGAUGUCCGAGAAUGUUUAAGGGAAAGGGAAGAGGUCGUUGCCUUGCGUUGAUCCACUGAACAAAUCCUCCAGUUCUGAAAAAAAAAUUUAAAUAGGGAACUUAUAACCCAGAAUUUAUUUAUCAAGGUGUCAUGUUAGAGGGGAGUAGAAGCUGACCAGCCUCCUCUCCCAGGAGGGAUGUGGGUUCUGUCUGGAUCCCUGUAGAUUCCUAAAUGUGUCCCAUCCACAUCACCAUUUCCAUAGUGACUGUCCGAUCAUGCACAGUGCAAAAGAAAAGUAUAUGUGUGUGACCAUGCAUUGAACAAUAAAAAGAAACUUGUGUAAGAUGAUGAA